GAUUCAUACACAAUUCAGAUUCCAACAUUCAAUUCUAAAACAUUCAUACCACCUAUUACGGUUGCAACAAUGAUUCAAAUCAAACAAUAUAUUCUCAGUGCUCUUGCACCCUUGGCCGCGUUUUUUCCUUCCUCUCCUAAUCCAAAUCAAUCUGCGCCAUUCGCGCUGUCCCUUGUUUCUGAGAAUAAGCAUUGGAAUGGUUCAUAUAUACACGGUUGUCACACUGGAGCUGCUCGAACUGCCCUUUGUGCUUCCCCCAAGUGCCAUGUUCGUCAUGAAGAAACCUCUCCGACUACCUUUUUCUUCAAUGUCUCUGCUCCCCUCAGCUUCGAUCGUCCCUCGAGAAGUGUUUCAGGAUCCUUAGUCUUCAACUUGCCAUAUAAUGCGAAUAUGAUUCUCUCCCAAUCGGCAACAAUGGAGUUCAAUCUUUAUUCGCAUGAUUUUGCCCAUCCUUUAUUUUCAUACCCUCCCGACACGGAAGGUAUCUUUAUCUUUCACGACGAUCGCUUGUACCUCAAGAACCAUAAACAGCAGCGAUGGUACAUCUGCGAUAAAUACUCACCUUUCCCUCCAUAUACUUAUUCCACUCUAGUUUGGUAUUAUGGCGCUGGAAUUCCAAAUGCAGAAUGUGCCAAGGUGGAAAUCAAGAGGAAAUUUAUUUAAUUCGUCGGGGUCGACUUGAAACAAUAGAACAGUGACUUCUAGGGUAUGGGGCAGCUGAGCUUUCGAUAAAAAUCAUCUUGCUUAAUUCCAGAAGGGAAAAUCAGGGUGUAUCAGCAUAUUUGAGGGCAUUAUUAUCCGAGAGACAGUUGUACUCUUGGGCAAGCGUUAGUUAUGGAAAUAUCAAUUUUUAAUCGAGUUCUAAUACAUUAGGUGCUA